UUAGAGAAAAAUUUGUUUUUAUUUAAAAAAAUAACAUAAGAAUUUUGUUAUUGUAACAGGAUACUAUUAAAUGGCAUGUAAAUCUAUUUCAAAAUAUUAUGAUUAUUAGUUUAUAAUAAAAGUUUACAUAAUAUCAUAGACCACAGUUUAUAAUUCACAGAUAAAUAUUCUAACUUAUUGAUGCUUAUAUUAUAUGUUAAUCAAUAACUUUACCAUGGAAACUGAAAUAACGUACUUAUAUACUUCUCUUAUUCUUUUUUCUUACUCAACUUUUCUUUUAAUUUAAUAUUUUUUAACUUAAAUCAAUUUUAUAUGGAUUUUUAUAAAUAAAUCUACAAUAAUGGGAGAAAAAAUAGUACCACUGGAGAUGAAUUUAGUGCGCUACAGUAAUCCAGUAGCAGUCACAGAACGCGAAGAAAAGUUGACAAAUAAGAAACUUGAUGGAAAAGAUGGUCUAAUAUCAAAUGAAAAAAUUAAAGAAUGUGAUGAAAUUUUAAAUUGUAUUCUGCCACCAAGAGAAUGGGAAGAAAAUGGAAAACAGUGGAGACAAAAAGUUUCAAAUCAACCAGCAACUAGAAUGGAUGUAAUCAAGUUGACAGAAAUGUUAGAUAUGAGUUUGCAACAUUUACAGGCACGAGAAACGGGUAUUUGUCCAAUUAGAAGAGCUCUCUAUUCUCAGUGUUUUGAUGAAAUAAUCCGCCAGGUCACUAUCAAUUGUGCAGAACGAGGACUUUUGUUACUGAAAGUCCGUGAUGAACUUAAAAUGACAAUGGAUGCUUACCGGUCAUUAUAUGAGAGUAGUAUCGCAUUUGGUAUAAGGAAGUCAUUGUCUGCAGAACAUAAUAAGCUAGACAUGCAAGACCGAUUAACUGAAUUGGAAGUUGAAAAACAAAAAAUCAAGGAUGACUUAGCAACAGCAAUUGCAAAAUAUGAAAUGGCUCAAAGACAAGGAACUGAACAACGUAUUGCUGAACAACAAAGGCACAACGAAGAGAUCAAUUUUUUGAAAAGAUCCAACCAACAGUUAAAAGCUCAGCUUGAAGGAAUUAUAGCACCAAAAAAAUAGGUUUGAGAAAAUGAGCCAAUUGGCAACAUAAACAAAAUAUGUGUACUUUUUAAGAUUUUUAUUUUUGUACAAAGGCGUAUGAUUAUGUAGCUAUUAUUGUAACUGUUCAAAAUUCCUCAAAUAUGGUUAGGUUAGGCAUUUUUGGCAGUGAGCUAUAUUUUAUUUUACACACCUAAGAAGUUUUGUACAUAUUAAAAUAAAGAUAUAUAUCAAAUAUAAAAUUACAGUUUGUAUAUUAUAUGAUUUACUAAUUUUAUAAUUAGUUAAAGGUUGUUUAUGGAUCACAUAAGGUCAUGUGUUGAAUAAGUAUCAAAUGAAUAAAUAUUUUGAAUUACCUAAAUUAGUUAAUAAGAAGGGGAGUGACAUAACUGAAAUUUUAAAAAGCUAUAUCUAAUAAAAUAAU